AUGGAUAAUAAAAAAGAAACAGCACCAAAAAUAAUAAAUAAAGAAGAAAUUUUUUUUAAAAUUUGGAGGAAUAUAUCAAUAAGAAAUGAAAUUCUAUAUCAUUUAAGAUUAUAUAAUAUACAUUUAAAUAAUGAAAUUGAAUUUUAUAAUUUUUAUAGAAUUCCCAAAUAUAAAUAUAAAAAUUAUUUAAAUAAGAUUAAAGUAGCAAGAUGUCAUAGCUUUUCUGAACAAAUUCAAUAUGGCAUUAGUGAAAUUUCAUUUAAUUUUUUAAAGUUAUCAUCAUUUGAUGAAAAUACAAUUCCAACAUCAAUACAUACUAUUAAUUUUGGUAUUCGUUGUGAAUUUGAUAAAAUUAAUGUAAUACCAAAUAGUGUGAAAACAAUCAAAUUUAGAGAUUUAGAAAGUGAAUCUUUAAAAAUUGGUAUAUUACCAUCAAGUUUAACUUGUAUUAAAUUUAAUGAUGAAUAUAAUCUACCAAUUCAAUCUGGAGUAUUACCAUCAACUAUUAAAUCAAUUGAAUUUGGAGAUUCCUUUAAUCAAUCAGUAAAAGGUGAUUGGAUACCACAAAAUAUUGAAUCAUUAAAAUUUGGUAAAGAAUUUAUGCAACCAAUUGAAGAUAUUAAUCAAUAUUUACCAAAAUCAAUAACAUCUUUAAUUUUACCAAUUAGAUACCUUAAUGAACCAAUCAAUUUUAAUUGGAAACUAUCACAUCAAUCUUCAAAUGAUUUAUUUUAUUAUGAUUUAAAUAAAUCAUUAAUUUUAAAUAAAACAAAACCAAAAUUAAUAGAACAAAUAAAUAAUAAUAAUAAUAAUAAUAAUAAUAAUAAUAAUAAUAAUAAUAAUAAUAAUAAUAAUAAUUAUAAUAACAAUAAUAAUAAUGAUAAUAAUAAUAUAUUAAAUUUAUUAAGAAAACCAUUAAAUAUAAUACCAAAUGAUGUUAGUGGAUUAAUUAACCUUACAGCUUUACAAUUGGGAGAUAGUUUUAAUAAACCAAUUAAAAAAUUAAAAUUCCCACCAAAUUUAACAUGUUUAUCAUUUGGUGAAAAAUUUAAUCAGUUUAUACCAGUUGGAUGCUUUUUUGAUUUACCAUUGAAAUCAUUAAAGUUUGGUAGUGAAUUUGAUCAAUUUCUAGAUUCUGGUUCAUUACCACCAACAUUAACAUCAUUGGAUUUAGGUAGUUCUGGUAAUUUUACAAGUUUUAAAAUAUUAAAUCAAUUAAAGUCUUUAAAAAUUGGUUCAAGAAAAUGUAAACCAGUUGAAUUUUACGAAUUUCCAUCCAAUUUAAAGGAAAUUUCAUACAAUCAUCAUAUUAAUGAACCUAUAAAUAAAGGUGUUAUACCAAUUGGUGUUGUAUCAUUAUCAUUUGAUAAAUCAUUUAAUAGAAUUAUUCAAAAAGGUGUUUUACCAAAUACAAUUAAAAUCUUAUCAUUAGGUUGUGAAUUUAAUCAAAUAAUUGAAAAGGAUACUCUACCAAUUCAUUUAACAAAAUUAACAUUAAGAUGUGGAUUUAAUCAAAUCAUUGAUAAAGAUGUACUUCCAAAUAGUAUAACAUCAUUAUCAUUAGGUAGUAGUUAUUCAAAAAAUUUCUUAAUUGGUUCAUUACCAUCCUCUCUAAAAGAGUUAAAAAUUCAUUCUCAUUUCUUCGAUCAAAAUCUCUCAUGUUCAUUUGAUGAUUAUUUUACUUCCUCAUUAGAAUCAAUUUACAUCAAAAAGAAUUCAAGUCUUGUUAAUAUUUUAGACCCACUUUUUUUUUAG